AUGGAAUCCAUGCAAGGAAUGUCAGGCAUAGAUAUCAGAACUAUCAUUGCAUGGAUUCUAUGUUUUUUAGCUGCUUCAAUCUCUAGUGCAGGAGGUCUGGGUGGUGGCCCCUUAUUCCUCCCCACACUUAACCUUGUUGCAGGCCUGCAAAUCAGGACAGCAGCCAGCUUCUCAGCCUUGAUGGUCACUGGAGGAUCUCUGGCUGCUGCUGUCAUCUAUAACCUCUUCUUAGGGACCUCACUGAUAGACUAUGAUAUUGCACUCCUCUCACAGCCAUGCUUGCUUCUUGGAGUCAGUGUUGGCGUGUUCUUCAAUAUCAUGUUUCCAUCCUGGCUAAUAACAGCCUUGUUUGCUGCUUUCCUGGCUUUCUCUACAUUCAAGACAUGCAGUGCUGGAGUGAAAUAUUGGAAGGGUGAGACUGAAGAGGUUAGAAGAAGGAGGGACUGUGGAGAUGGUGAGGUGAGCUUGGAGGAGGCUACAGCAGUGACUCAGGGGACUCCAUGGGAAAAGUUGGCGAUGUUGAGUUUGGCACACAUAAAAUGUGGUGUUGGUUACUGGCUGAUCACGUUGUCCCAAAUUCCAGUUGCAAUUGGUUUCACUGCAUAUGUCUUGUAUGCAAAAGCAGAGGAAAGUAUAUUGGGUGGUCUCUUCGGCAAUGGUGGAGGAUCAUUAACUAAUCUUGUUCUUCUUCAUAUUGGAACAACAGCAGCAACAACAAGUUUCAUGGUCUUGUUCUCUUCUUCAAUGUCUUCAGCACAAUACUUGAUCCUUGGCAUGAAAGGUGUCAAACAAGCAUUGAUUUAUACUCUGCUAUGCAUUGUGGGUUCAGUCCUUGGAUUGAUCAUAAUAAAAAGAGCUGUGGUCAAGUCUGGCAGAGCUUCUCUGAUUGUGUUCAUGCUCAGUAUUGUGAUGGGGCUUAGUACAAUCUCUAUUACUUGCUUUGGUGCAAUUGGUGUUUAUAGAGAUUACACUGCCGGCAAAAAUAUGGGUUUCAAUCUCCCUUGCAGAUGA